AACAAACCCUCUUUCUUAAAUGCAUUGAAGUGUGGCUUCUCCUCCUGCAACGGUACAAGAACCACCAUCACUCCCCUACCACUCCACUAGCCACUGCUCCUCCUUCCCUCCCUCCCACUCUUCUUCUGCGUCUACUCCUCUCUUCUCCCAUUCUCAUCCUUGCAGCUUGCAAACAGUGCUCUGCAGAAUGACCAAAGAUGAGGAUUUCAAGCUGGUCAAGAUCCAGACCCAUGUACUGAGGGUGAACAUACACUGUGAUGGCUGUAAGCACAAGGUGAAGAAACUGCUUCAGAAGAUCGAAGGUGUGUACUCGGUGGCAUUGGAUGUAGACAACCAUAAGGUCACAGUGACUGGCAAUGUGGACUCCGAUACAUUGAUCAGGAAGCUCACCAGAGGGGGCAAGCAUGCAGAGCUGUGGUCACAGCAGAAGGGUGGCAACAACCAGGGCCACAAGGGCAGCAACAACCAGCAGAAGCAGCAGCAAGGGCAGCAGCAGCAUCAGAAGCAAGGUGCCAACCAGAGCAAGGAUGGCAACAAGAACAACAACAGCCUCAAGGACCAGGGCAAGCAAGGAGGUGUGGGAGGCCUCAUCCAGGGCCUCAAGGCAUUCAAGAACCAGCACAGCAAGAACCAGCUCCCUGAGCUCGACUCGGAGGAUGACGAUUUGUAUGAUGACGAAGAUGACGAGUUUGACGAUGACUAUGAGGACGAUCUCCGCUUCCUUGGGGACAAGAUGAGCCAGCUUGGCUUCCUCCGGCAGGAAGCUGCAGCUGCAGCGGUGGCCAAUGCCAAGAACAAGAAUGGCAACACUGCCAGCGUCAACAACCACCAAAACAACACCAACGCCAAGAAAGGCGGCGGCGGCGGUGGAGGUGGAAAUCACCAUCAGAAUAACCACCACCAGAACCAGAAGACCCCCAAUGUGAUCAACAUGGCUGCAGCCAAUGCGAAGAUGGGCAAUGGCGCCCAGAAGAACACUGGCGCCAUCAAUGGCAUGAUGGGCCUCAACCAUGGCCUGGGAACAGCAGGUGCCGCCGGCUUCCAGGGCUACACCGGCUUCAACCACCCAUCAUCCUAUGCUUCAGCCGGCUAUGGAGGGCUUCAGCAACAGCAGAGCAACAACCUCAUGGCAAGCAUGCAGGGGUACCAUCAUCACCCAGCGGCCACGGCGGCGAUGAUGAACAAUCUGAGGGGUCUGAAUAACAACAUGAUGAUGAUGCAUCAGCCCCAGCAGCAGCCCCAGAUGAUGUACCACCGGUCUCCUCAGAUCAGCCCUUACACGGCCUACUACAACCCUUACAGCUACUACUACCACCCUGGCGCUGCCGGUUAUCAUCCCGCCAGCAAUGGCGAUGUGGAGACCAUGUUCAGUGAUGAGAAUACCAAGGGUUGUGUUGUCAUGUAGGGAUGCUGUUACAGUGUUACAAAAAUGUAGAGGAUGGUAAUGAAGCAUGGGAAUGGUUAUGCAAUCCUACUACUCUCUCCUCUCUUUCUCUUUUUUCCUUUCUCUUCAUUGUUUUUAUGCUUUUAUUGGUUUCUCCUGUAUCAAGAAUGAAUCAUGCAUGUUGACUUAGAUGUCCUGUUUGAAAGUAGUAGCACUUCAGAGGAUGAUCAACGUUGUAAUGUAAUAGUUUUACCGCCUAGUGCUUUGCCCUGCCUGGCUUGUUUA